CAAAGUGUAAGUGCUCAGGAGUAAUUUUUUUCUCGACGAAAAUUUCUACACCUUUCUCAUUCAGAUAUGAUGGAUAAAGUUUUGGAGAAAGGAGAGAAAUCAAAGGUUCAUAAAGUUUGGAAACACCUUACCUUUAUUCUUGGAAUGUUUUCCUUAGUACUCUUGAUGGUGAUUUUAGUGAGUAUUGUGAUAAUCAGCAGAAAGAAACCGGAAGAUAUCUCAGAAUGCUAUGGACUUCCUGCUUCAGGUCCUAUAGAUUUGACAGAACCAGAUUCUCCUCCUGCUUUCCACGAUUUGACUAGGAAAGAAAUCCAAACUAUUUUGGAUUUCAUGUACUCACUGAAAAAGUUGAAUCUAACAGAACCUCAAAAUGCCACCAUUGCAUCAAACUAUAUAUACUCUGUGGAAUUGAUUCUUCCCAAGAAAAGCAACAUUAUUCAACCUUAUCCCGAGACUUUAGUGAAAAGACGUGCAUUGGUGACAAUAUUUCAGGGAGCAAACACCAAACCCGAUGUUGUAGAGUACCAUGUAGAUAUAACAUCAUCACCACCAAAGCUACUUUUGUCGACAAAGUCUAUUCCCUUUUCUUUCCGACCAUUAUCUUCUAUAGAAUUUGCAGUCUCUGAAAGGGUCGUUAAAGAAGAGUGUGAUAAAGUUGUAGGAGAUAUUUUGCAGCAAAGUUUCGGAGGACAUCUUUUUAAUUGUGGGAACAAAUGCUUAGGACUCAAAGAUUUUGUUCCUUUUCCUGCUCACAUAGCAGGAAUACGCGGUCAAGGCUAUCGUGGUAUGUGGGCUCUAUUCCUGCAACAGAAAGAACCAAGCAAUCUUCAUCCAGUUGAUUUUGCUGUCUUGCUAAGAAUGAAUGGAACUGCAAGACCCGAAACCAGCGACAUUUGGUAUAAUAAUAGAUUGUUUGAUUCACUACAAAGUUUUAAGGAGAAAUGGUUUAAUGGAGAAGUCGUUAAGCAGCGUGUGGAUUUCCCGCCAUCGCAUACACACCCUGAAGUCUUUCCCGAGUACCCACAAAGACCUCCCAUUGAGAUCGAACCAGACGGGAAACGGUACACUGUAAAAGACCGAAAAGUGUCCUAUAUGAACUGGAGCUUUCAAUUUGGAAUAUCUGUUACUCAUGGUCCUCGGUUGUACCAAAUCAAAUACAAAGAUACAAUAAUUGUUUAUGAGUUGGGGCUACAAGAAAUCCUGGUCUUUUAUUCGUCUUCAGAUCCCUCCAGAAUGUUUGCCAAUUACUUUGACAGCAUUGCAUUGAUUGGAAAGAAUAUACGUACUCUGGUUCCUGGGGUAGAUUGUCCGAACCACGCUACUUUUAUUGAUUAUACGCACAUGUCGGAACUAUCAAGAGCACCUGCUACGGAAAGCAAGGCAAUUUGUGUGUUUGAACAUAACACGGGUAUUCCACUGCGACGCCAUCAUGGAUUUUAUGAAGCUCCUUCUGGAUAUUACGAAGGCGUACCAAGCAUUGUUCUUAUUCUUCGAAUGAUUGCAACAAUCGUUAAUUAUGACUACAUAUUCGAUUUCAUCUUCUAUCAAAAUGGAGUCCUUGAAACUAAGGUGACAUCAACAGGAGUCAUCCUAACUUCACCCGUGUUAUCACAAAGACACUAUGGCUUUCAACUAAAUGACCGUUCCAUUGGUACCAUACAUCAUCACAUGUUUCAUUUCAAAGUUGACCUUGAUGUAGGGGAUUCCAUCAAUAGCUACUCCACUUUUGACAUAGAAAGAGACAGCAUUGCAAAUCAAUUCUCAAGGGAGAAAAAUCCAGAUAAAUGGUACCAAGAGAAGAUCGCACAAGUAAAUUAUGCUACCGAAAGAGAGGCCGCAUAUAAAUUUAACUUCAGCAUCCCAAAAUACCACGUGUUCUACAGUGUAGACGAUGCUCACAAGGACAAAUACGGUAAUCGCAAAGCCUACAGAAUACUACACAGGGGUAUGUCAAAAAGUGUGUUACCAGAAGGUUAUGGAAACGAACCCGGGGCGUCUUGGAUGAGGUACCAAAUGGUUGUCACAAAGCGCAAAGAAAAUGAACCUUACAGCUCCUCCAAAUACGCUAGUUUUGAUGGAGAACAACCUACUGUUGACUUCGAAAGUUUUAUUGGGGACGAAAAUAUACAAAGAGAGGAUUUGGUUGCCUGGAUCACCAUGGGAACCCAUCACAUUCCCCAUACAGAAGAUCUCCCCGUAGUGACGACACCUGGAACCGACGUCAGCUUCCUCCUGCUGCCAUUCAACUUCUUCCACGAGGAUCCAAGCAUUGGUAUCCGUGACAACAUCCGCAUUCAUUAUGAAAAUUCCAAAAAUCCGUUGGAGCCAUUAACAAUUAAGAGGCAAACUAAAACGGAAGACCUGAAUUGCUUUCCCCCAAAGACAUAUAGUCUUGAUGACCUGGUAGUAAAACCCGAGGCAUUUAUUAAUCGUCCGAUGUAGAUUCAUAAGGGUUUAUGAUCAACUACUUUCCUCUAUGAGGAUGAGGAGAGUAGCGGAUCAGAAAAUCGAAACUCUUACUUCAUUUUGAUAGGCUGUUGUCGACUUUACACUUAUUAAAGGUGUACCUAGGGGUCUCGUUCAGUAAUCCUUUUUUUGUGAUCGAGAAUUUGAUUUUACCUAAAACUAAGCAAGAGAAUUACGCGAGGUUUAGUGGUAGAAGCGUGCGUUGUCUGUCUGUUUCUGUCCUGUGUCUUCUGUCAGCUUUUCACAUUUUCGAAUUCUACCUUAGAACUACUUGACCAGUUACAACUAAACUUGACACAAAUUAAACAGCCAUGCCCUAUUUUCGAACGAGAUAAAUUCAGCAUAGUGAAGAGGAUGGGUCAUUUAAAAAAAUGUAUGAAAAGUUCCUUAUUUCCUUACAGAUCGUCAAUUAAUCAAAACUAUGAUCAACAUUUACUAGGAUGGGGUCAAAUUAUGAGGUUCUAUAAAAAGAACAAAAGGAACAUAAUUUAUCCCAAUGUAGUGUUGAUUCAAAAGUGUUCAAAUUUUUGUCAAUGAGCUUAGGUAUACCAAAACAUAGGUUUGUGAAGUCACAAUAGGACAUAGGGUCAUGUGGAGAAUGGAGGAAAAAAGUAUUACUCAGAUCUAAAAGAAAAAGACUAUGAUUUUAAGUAUGACAUCAAGCCUCAAUAAAGGCCCAGUGUAAAGUAUGCUUGUUAUUUUUUUCCUUUACUUCAUUUUUAUAGCCAUUUUAUUUUAUCAUAUGAUUGAAUAAUUCCUACAAUGUAUCUCUCUGAUUUGCUCAUCGUCAACUAGUGGACUCAGGACCCCUGACAUGUGAGAAUGGGUAGGUAUCUACUCGAAUGACGUCAUCAUUAGUAGUACCGUUAACCACUGCAUUGAAAAGUAUAAUGAUCAUUGUACGAGAAUACUAGACUUAUGACAGAUCUUGUUUUUAAAGAUAUUUGUAGCAAACAGUGAGUGUUUCAUUUCAUGUUAAUAAACCUACAUUUACAGUGUAUGUCGGCCUGGGUAGCUCAGUAGGUAGAGCGUCUAACUAGAGAUACAGGGGGUCCCACGUUCGAUUCCCGGUCCAGCCAUGCAUUUUUCUCCCUUCCUGUUACAAUAAAAAUAUUGUAUUUAUACAUACAUGUAGCAUACAUUUUUACAGCUUUUUAAGUGCAACAGAUGUAAAUCAUAUAUUCUAAAGAGAAAAAUAAGGAUAUUAACAAUUGUAUUAUGAAUGUAUAGUUUUGUAAAAUUUGGAAAUCAUUUAGUAUACUUUCCACUCCAAUGUUCUUCAAUUACAUGUAUAUAUAAUAAAUGAAAUUGACAGUUA